CGCGAGCAGCUAGACCUGGCUGUCUAGUUGCCAAGCGAACGUCGGUUUUUGUAGUUAGCCCAGCUAGCUAAUAGACCCAAAACAAUGUCUCAGCCGCCUCCCAAACCAUGGGAAAGACGAAUUCCUGGAACCAUAACUGCUCCACUAAAUUAUCGCUCUCCUGACUUCAGCACGCCACCUCCUGUAGUAGCUCCCCCGGUUCUAACGAGGGUGGCGCCCCCCGUCCCUCCUCGGCCCAUCCAGCAGACGUACCGGCCCGCCUACAGCUCGUUCCCGUCCUCCUACGGAACCUUUGGCAGCUCUCCGUACGGAGGCUACAGCCCGUACGGCUACGGCGGCUACGGUCUGGGUUACGGCCGCCCGCGCUUGGAGGACGUGCCGCCUAGUCGCUUCGUGCAGCAGGCCGAGGAGAGCAGCCGCGGGGCGUUCCAGUCUGUGGAGAGCAUCGUGCACGCCUUUGCCUCCGUCAGCAUGAUGAUGGACGCCACCUUCUCGGCCGUCUACAACAGCUUCCGCGCCGUGCUGGACGUAGCCAACCACUUCUCCCGCCUGCGAGUGCACUUCUCCAAGGUGCUGUCAGCCUUCGCGCUGAUACGCACGCUGCGCUACCUCUACCGCCGUCUGCAGAGGGCACUGGGCUUGUGGACACACGCGGACGCGGAGGACCUCUGGGCGGAGAGCGCGGCCGAGGGCUCCCUGGUGCCGGCGGCAGGGACUGGGACAGCUGGCGGGUCUGAGUCCAGGGUCAAGUCCUGGCCCAUCUUUUUGUUUCUUACUGUCGUUUUCGGAGGACCGUACCUGAUCUGGAAGCUCUUGAGAACUGAGGAAGGCGUAGAGGAGAGCGGCACUAACUGGGCUAGUGGGGAGGAUGACCAUGUGGUAGCUAAAGCAGAGUAUGACUUCAUUGCUGCUUCUGAAGAGGAGAUCUCCUUCCAGGCUGGAGAUAUGCUCAAUCUGGCCCCAAAGGACCAACAGCCGAGGGUACGUGGUUGGCUGCUGGCCAGUUUGGACGGACAGGCGGUGGGACUUGUCCCUGCUAACCACGUCAAAAUCUUGGGCAAGAGGCGUGGCAAGAGACAGCCGGAGCUGGAGAGGCUGGCGCAGCUCCAGGAGGGUCAGCAGGGUUUGUGUUCGAGUCUGGGCACGACGGGCGUCGCCACCCCAGAGACCUGCCACUCCCUGAGCACCGGGGGUGUGGCGACGUCAAAGACCCGCCCCUUCCCGGAGGAGCUACUGGAGGUUGCAUAUAAGGAAAUUCCAGUGCCAUACACCAACCCAGUGGUCUCCACAAAUACCACAGCCACAAACACUGCACUGGGGACUUCUGAAAGGGUCGAUUUGUGAAUGUGAGAAAAGAAGGCAGGUGUGUGACCAUGUGUGAGCAAGGGAAGGGUGUGAAUCACUUCAUCUGUGACCACGUGUGUGUGGGAGGAAAAGUUAGGGUGUGCUUGCAGGCAUGCGUCAGGCUGGGACAAUAUAUGAAGAGUGUUUCCCCUUACUGACAGAGCAAAGCCCAUGACAUGGAGACUUGCAGGGACAUUACAUCUCUGCACUUAGAAACUAUCUGUAAAGGUAUAACCGGAAUGUUUUUAGUGCUCAACUACACUCAUUUACAGAUAGCACCCUGUUCAGUUCAUCAAUUGUAGUCUUUUAUAGGGGUGGUAUUGGAAUACUGGAAACUAGUGCAGUAUAUGUCUAGUAGAGAGACAUUAGUGAUGGCAUUGCUUUCACUGGGUAUGUGUCUCGCCUUCUACCACAAACGAAGGGAAAACCACCAUGUGAAUAGAAACUGUCCUGUUUUGUUUUAAAAACCAGAGUCUGUCUCCUUGUCAAAUGUUGAUUAUGGCUAUAAAAGCAACAGAAUGUACCAUAGGCAGGGUUUACCUUGAAUCAAUCGAUCUUUCCCCACAGAACACAUUUUGUCUGUUUGCUAAAUCCAUGUGAUUGUUUGUUCCAAUAUCUGUCCUUCUUCCAAAAAAAUUAAAAAUAACAGUUCAAAACCUUGAAGGGCAAAUAUUAUUGUUACAUGUUUGUUGACCUUGCUUUUGAACUGCUGUUAUUUUAAAUAAUGCUUUUGUUUCCUCGGGUCCUUUUGAUCAACAUCAGACUAGAGUUAAAAAGCAUAGUAAUUAAGAAAUCUGUUCCUUUAUUGGGUUUAAUUGACUUCAUCUCUGUUUAAAAUUGACAGAAUCAUGUAGAUAUAUUUAAAACGUUAGAUCUGCAGCGUUAUGUUUUAUUGAGACGUAUUAUUGUGAACAAGCAGCUAGCCUAAGGGGAAUGUUCCAUUGGCCUUGCAUAGCUGUGCCCAGUCUAAUCUUCUGCGCAGAAACAGGUUGUGUGAGUGCAAUAUCUUUGGGCAAAUGGUAAACUUGUGUCUAUUUCUUAACUGUCUUGUGCUAUGGGUUUGUUUGUACCCUCUGAUUGUUAUUGUAUAAUCAUUAACACGUGCAGUUGUGUAAAUAUAGAAAGAAAUUUCACAUUAAAAUAUUUUUCACAAACUGA